AUGCUCGCACCAAAGCUUCGCGUCCGCCCGACGCCGGUUCGCUUCCCUCUUCUUGGCCUCUCGGCGACAAUCCUUAGCAUCACCAAAGACCGUCAGCACGCGUCGCUAGCGUUCGCGAUCCUCGUCGAGAACGACUCGGAGCGCUGGCUGCUCCACCGCCGCUUCUCCGAGUUCCAUCGCUUCCGGCAGGAGCUCUUGCGCUUGACGAGUAAAUGCACAUGUCGUUGCCAGUAUCUCUGGCUGACCUUGUCGUCGAUGGUCUUUCCAAAGAAGGAGGCCAACUUUCUGCCGUGGCGACCCGCCGAGCGCAUUGCGAUGGACCGUCAAGACCGUUUAAGCCAGUUCCUUAGCGUGCUGCUGAUCCUCUUGCAGCAAAUAGACCACUUGGUCGCUUGCGAGCAUGCACAGUGCCCCGUGCUUGGCCUUAUCCACGCCUUCCUCCACGUCGUCCCGACCGCGCGCAAGUAUUACGACGCCCAGCUACUUCGCGAUCUCCCGCCCAAGACACCCCGGCGUGUGCUCUCGCCAAGCCACAACCUUUCCAUUUAUCCCAUCCGCGAAGACGACGAAGUGAUCAAUUGCAGAUUCAUUCCCGCAACAACAACUUGGGUUUAG